ACGUGUUUGGUUGGCUAAUUGCUGCCCAUCACACUGCCGCCACGAGUAGUAGUAGCAGUAGUAGUUCGCCCAGCCACCCAGAAAGUUAAUCAGUGAGCCAGUCCGGUCCGCCAGUGUUCCUGAUUUUGUAGUUUGCCGUCGCCUACUUUUGCAACGCACCUGCCAAACAAACGACAACUGACCGGAGAGAGACGCUUUUCUCUUUGCCUCGCCGAGUGAAACACGCACAACAGAACCCCCCCACAAACUUACAGAGAAAUGGCUCCCAAGCAGCGAAUCAAGCUCGCCAACGAGAAGGCCAGCAAGAACAUCACGAUGCGGGGCAAUGUGCCGAAGUCGACGAAAACUGCUGAGGAGAAGUACCCGGUCGGCCCGUGGCUGCUGGCACUGUUCAUCUUCGUCGUGUGCGGCUCGGCGAUAUUCCAGAUUAUUCAAUCGAUCCGCAUAGCGUAAGGAACCGGUGCGAAGUACAACGAGAGGAGAAGGAACCAACCAGCCAGCAGAGUUCACUGCAACGUAAUUUUGCAUCCUUUUCCCCACUUCCACUAUCGAUAUGGCCUUUACUUUUUUGCACUUUUCGCUUUUACGUCCACCGGAUGCAGAACGGGGGAAUCGGAAGAUAGGGUCCGUUUUUGCUAGCUUUUUUCAGGCAGCAUCAGAGCUCGACGACCGGGCCCGAUGUUCUGGAUGUUGUUUGUUUUUUAUUCCAUUGUUUAGUGUUGAUUCCAUGUAAAGUCCCCCGUCUAAGCACCACGGCAAUACUGUGACUAUCAUUAGAGCGUCCCAUGCACUGACUGAAGUUCGGAAGUUUCAGUUUUUGUCACUCACGUUUGUUCCGUCGCGUUAGUUAGGUUGUGAAACGUUGGGUUUUUAUUUCCCGUUUCCACUCGACAGUGCCGGAAACCGAAUGCCUUGCCGCAGCAAAUGGGAGAAUCUUUACAGAUAAAUGUGAAAAAAAACUCCCCAAACUCCUUUCCACACGUCGGAAACUAACAUACGUACAUUAGUCGCGCAAAUAGAAUGGGAGACGAAGUUUGGGGGAAGUUUAAACACCACGGCAGGAUUCGGUCACAUCAGGAACCCGUUAAAUCAACAAAAAGAAAACAUGUAUAAAACCUAACACAAAACCUCCUUCUCACUCAGCAGCUUGGUUGCGGUGUUUGGUUCUCUUUUGAACGACACCCAACCUGAUCCGCUUCUUGACCAACCGUGUAUCCGCCUUGUGCCGUCGCCAAAUAGUCGGCAAUAUCAAGUAUAGCGCAUGGAAGACACCCUUACAACACUCAGACUCACUUUUCGUACACUUUCGAUACCGUCGCAGCUUUCGCGAGACGCGCGAGACAAAAUUGCACGAAAGUUGGCGGUAUUAUACAUUAAGAGAAAAACCAGGAAAAGUCGACAAAACUAAUUUGGUGAACAUUAUAUACUA